AAAAAUGGCGGCCCUCAUAGUCGAUCUUGUGGACACAUAAAACACUUCCAUAGAUUGCGCGUUUGUUACAUAACAACGCUGGUCAUAAAGUAUAUUCGCGCGGCAUUGGUUCCCGGAUAUUUAUGAGAGCCGCGGUGCUGUCCCAUCUAGCGUAGGCAGACACGACGGACACCAUGGUCGACGAAAUAAGGCAGGCUUUACGGAGUCAGCAGUCCGAUGAACAGAGGGAGCGUCGACAAAAACUCGUGCAUGACAGACGAGGAGCAUCGGUUUCCGCUAAGGAGUUUGAGCCCGUAGCGGUCGAAGAGUUUGAAGCAUUCCUGAAAGAUAUAAAGGCCCAAAGGAACAACAAGCUCUAUUUCAGGAAGAUGAAGAACUCACUGGCUUUGGGUGGCGAUUACAUCAGUAGGUUCCUCAGGACCAAUGGUGCCUUGGAGCAACUCCUGUCCAUAACGCUGCGCACCACUGAAUCCUCAUGCCAGCUUGAGGCUCUGUCUUGCCUCACCAACAUAGCCUGUGGUGACCACAAGGCCACCUACCGGGUGCUGCGAUCUGCUGGACCUUAUCUGAUCACAUUCCUCAAUGGCACCAACCCUUUUCUUCAGGAACAGGCGGCUUGGUGUCUUACCAACAUUGCCAAGGAUUGUGACGAGUGUCGCAGCCUGCUGAGGUGCCAUGGAGCGAGCCAUGCUUUUAUCAAAGCUCUCAAGAGCGUCUACCCUCACGUGGUUGACAUGGCAGUGCUUGCUCUUCAGGCUUAUGCACAGUCCCCUUCUCACAUCAUCCAAGAUUUGGUUGCUCGGGACCUGCUCAAACAGCUGCUGCCACUGUUUGACCGGGACUCUGCAAAGCCCGACUUUAUUGGUCAGCUCGGCUGGAUCACAUUUUACGCCUACAGCAAUGCCAGUGUUCAAGCCGAAGACAUGGACUGUACAGCAAGGCUAUGCCACACAGUUGCAAACAAGAUGAUUCAGUGCAGCUUAGCAUCUCAAGAAAAUUCUGUUGCCCUGUCUUCUUUGUUGGCAUGUCUGGCUACUUGGAGCAGCCGGUGGUGCGAGCUGGCCGGUGAAUUAGCGAGGAUGCCCGGUAUGGUUGCUGCACUGGGUCGCCUGUUGGAGGCACCUUAUCUGCACCUGCGCAGGGAAGCCCUGUGGCUCACGCACUGUCUUUCAGGAUUCCUGACUCAGCAUAAUUUGGCUGACAUCUCUGCUGCCAUUAGUGGAAUUGUACCUCUGCUGACCCCAGGAGCGGACUAUAUAAAUGAGGUCCUCCAGCUGCUUCAAGGCAUUUCCACCAACCUGCCGGCCUUCAGACAGAGUCUUGCGGGAAGUACAGCGAUCCUUGCUCAGCUGCAGCAAAUGACUCCUGAACACGUCGGUGAAUGUCAGAAGCUUCAUGCAAUACUCGCUCAACCCUAGUGCGUGCAUAGCGUGCUUUUAGAACUAAAUGAAAUGCUACAGCACAAGCAAUGUAUGUCGCAGUCCUGGAGCUUUUGUGCCUUGCAUAUUGUACAUACAUACAUUGACCCUUUUUUUUGCACAAUAAAAUAUUGUAUAUAAUGUA